CCAAACCCAACCCAUCACCUUCUUUCUCUCUCUUUCUUCUCGUGGGUUUUGUGGGCCCACAUAAUUAUCUCCUUUUUUUUUUCUUAACAGUUAAUUUCCACAAAAAGAUAAAAGAAAAAAAAAAAAACUCCAUAUUUCUGCAUUUGCUUUGUUUUCAGCAUACUGUAUUAUAUACCCAUUCAUCUUCUUGUCUUUUUCUUCAUCUUCAUGUUAAAAAGAUUUGAUGUUUUUUGGGUUCAUAAAAAAAUUUAAUCUUUGAGUUGGUAAGAUGAAAAAGCAUGAAACUUUCUAAUUCUCAAAGUCUGAUUAAAUUAGAUUCGUUUUGUGAACAAUAUCAACACAAAUAUGUCCCUUUCACUAGUUUGGAAAGAUGAAGCUUGCUAAGGUGUGGACAGAACAAUGGUGAUGAUCCUAUUUCGACACGGCGGCGGCUAGGUGAAGUAAUUUCUGAUUGCAUUUGCUCAGCACUCAUCAUCUGAUCUAGGUUUUCAGUUAGUGGUCAAAAUUUUCUCCUCAGUUUGUUGAUUUUGAAGGAUAAUUUGGUACUUUUGUGUUCAUUAUUUGUGGAUUGUUUGUGGUUGUCAACUAGAGAAAUAUUGGUGUGGACUUUACUUUCAUAGGGGUAGACAUUUGGAAAAGUCUUCUUUUGGUUGAUGGUGAAUAUCCUAUCCUAUUGGAAUAUGACAUUGGUUUUAGUCUUAAAUUGAUGUUAAAGAACUUAUGAGUAAUAUAAGGACAUAUUGUGGAUUAUUGAAGUAAAUUUGAUCUAGGAAUUGGUUGGUGGAGAGGAUGGGGGAUAACAAUGGAGAUGAUUGGAAGCAGAUGCUUAGGAAGAUGCUUCCGCCGGGUGCAUCAUUGCCUCAGGGAGUAGAUAAUCCAGAUUAUUCAAUAGCUAUAGAGUAUAAAGGUCCAGCAGUUUCUCAAGAAGUUCCUAGAGUUGAACCUUUGGAUGUAAGUGCACGGUUAAUUCCAACUGCGUCCAUUGCAGAACCACUUUCGGAGUCACAGAGACAACUCUUUGAUUCCGAUCCUCCGGUCAUUGAGCCAAUCCCUUUACCCGUGUCUCGUAUUGCAAGGGCUGUGGAUUCACUCCCUGAAAGUCCUAGAGUAUCAUUAAGCUCAGAAUCGGUUGUGUCUGUCCUACAGAAUCCUGAUUAUUCUUCAGCUUCUCCUUCUCGUUCUCCUAGCUCAGCUCAUAACGCUGAAAGUAAUAAUGUGAAUCAGAGUUAUCAGACAGCUAAUGAAGGGAGAAGGGUCCCCGUGGUCACCUUUAAUACUGUUGAUAGAUCUGAAAGUAAAGACCUUGAUGCUGAACCUCCCGUUUAUCCCGAGUAUGUUGGAUUUUCUACAGAAAAGAAGAAAAAGCAAAAUGUAAAGGUUUGUUAUCGAUGUGGAAAGGGGAAGUGGGAAACAAAAGAGGCUUGUUUGGUGUGUGAUGCCAAGUUUUGUAGUAACUGUGUGCUUCGAGCUAUGGGCUCUAUGCCUGAGGGGCGUAAAUGUGUUACUUGCAUUGGUAAGCCAAUUGAUGAAUGGAAGCGGCCAAAACUUGGAAAGAAUUCUAGGGUACUUUCUCGGUUAUUGAGUCCUUUGGAAGUUAAGCAGAUAAUGAUAGCUGAGAGGGAAUGUUCCGCCAAUCAGCUACGACCAGAGCAGCUGGUUGUCAAUGGAUAUCCUUUGAAGCCAGAUGAAAUGUCUGAGCUACUUGGCUGUCCAUUGCCACCUCAAAAGUUGAAGCCUGGGAAAUAUUGGUAUGACAAAGAGUCUGGCCUCUGGGGAAAGGAGGGAGAGAAGCCUGACAGAAUCAUAAGUUCAAACUUGAGUUUCAGUGGAAAAUUGAGUCCUGAUGCAAGCAGAGGAAACACCGGAGUUUACAUAAAUGGCCGUGAGAUUACAAAGCUUGAGCUAAGAGUGCUAAAGUUGGCCAAUGUCCAGUGCCCCCGUGAAACUCAUUUUUGGGUAUAUGAUGAUGGUCGCUAUGAGGAGGAAGGUCAAAACAAUAUCAGGGGAAAUAUUUGGGAGAAGGCAUCAACUCGCUUUGUCUGUGCAUUGUUCUCUUUGCCAUUUCCCCAAGGUCAAUCUGGAGUGAGGGAUGAGGCAAGCAAUUAUGCUACUGUUGUGCCAACUUAUUUUGAACAGAAAAGAGUGCAGAAGCUUCUUCUUCUCGGACUUGAGGGUUCUGGAACUAGCACAAUCUUCAAGCAGGCCAAGUUUUUGUAUGGGAACACAUUCACUGCAGAAGAACUGCAAGAUAUCAAAUUGAUGAUUCAGAGCAAUAUGUAUAAAUAUCUAAGUAUAUUGCUUGAUGCAAGAGAGCGGUUUGAGGAAGAAGACAUAGCAAAGAUGCAGACACAAGGGGCACAUGACAAAAAUAAUGAAGCAGGUGGGACUUCAGAAUUAGAUUCCACUGGGACUAGUCAAAGCAUCUAUUCUAUCAACCCUAAAAUCAAGCAUUUUUCUGACUGGCUAUUGGACAUCAUUGCAACUGGUGAUUUGGAUGCGUUUUUCCCUGCUGCAACACGGGAGUAUGCUCCUUUAGUUGAAGAAGUUUGGAAGGAUUCUGCUAUUCAAGAAACAUAUAAAAGAAAGGAUGGGCUCCACUUUCUUCCGGAUGUUGCUGAUUACUUCUUAAGCCGGGCUGUUGAGGUGUCAAGCAAUGAAUACGAACCUUCAGAGAGAGACAUUUUGUAUGCAGAAGGUGUGACUCAAGGAAAUGGUUUGGCUUUUCUUGAAUUCUCCCUUGAUGACCGUAGCCCAAUGUCUGAGUCUUAUACAGAGAAUCUGGAUGCACCUCCGCCUUUGACCAAGUAUCAGUUGAUCAGGUUGAAUGCUAAAGGGAUGAGCGAGGGAUGCAAAUGGGUGGAAAUGUUUGAAGAUGUGCGUGCAGUGGUCUUCUGUGUGGCUUUGAGUGACUAUGACCAAACAUGGAUUGCUCCAGAUGCUACUGGCAGUGGAACUCUCCUUCAAAAUAAAAUAAUACAAAGCAAAGAGCUCUUUGAGAAGAUGAUUAUACACCCAUGCUUCAGGGAUACCCCUUUUAUUCUGGUAUUGAACAAAUAUGACCUCUUUGAGGAUAAGAUUGGCAGGGUGCCCUUGCGUACAUGUGAAUGGUUUAAUGACUUCUGCCCUGUUCGAACUAGCCAUUCUAACCAGUCGUUAGCCAACCAGGCUUACUUUUACGUGGCAAUGAAGUUCAAGGACCUUUAUGCAUCAGUUACUGGUCGGAAGCUUUUUGUAUGGCAAUCAAAGGCAAGGGAUCGUGUGAACGUGGAUGAGGCCUUUAAAUAUGUAAGGGAGAUUCUGAGGUGGGAUGAAGAAAAGGAUGAGAACUAUUUUGGCGGGGCUGAAGAUUCCUUUUAUAGCACUGACAUGAGUUCUUCUCCUUAUGUUGUUAGGCAAGAAUGA